AUCUGCGGUCACACUGGUUGUGUAUUGUGUUCAUAAAUUGUGUUUUCUUUUUUAUAAAAACCAAAAAUUUAAAAAUGGGUCGUGCUGAGGCUGGUACGCCCAAGUACCUCGCCAAUAAAAUGAAGGCGAAGGGCUUGCAGAAGUUGCGAUGGUAUUGCCAAAUGUGCGAAAAGCAGUGCCGCGACGAGAACGGCUUCAAAUGCCACACCAUGAGCGAGUCGCAUCAGCGGCAACUCUUGCUGUUUGCAGACUCGCCUGGAAAGUUUCUACACAACUUCUCGAAAGAGUUCUCCGAUGGUUACCUGGAGCUGUUGCGCCGGCGGUUCGGCACGAAGCGUACCAAUGCCAACAAGAUAUACCAGGAGUACAUUGCUCACAAGGAACACAUCCACAUGAAUGCAACCCGCUGGUUAACACUCUCCGAUUAUGUCAAGUGGCUGGGAAGGACUGGCCAGGUUGUAGCGGACGAGACGGAAAAAGGAUGGUUUGUCUCAUACAUUGAUCGCAGCCCCGAGGCUAUGGAGCGCCAGGCAAAAGCCGAACGCAAGGAAAAGAUGGAAAAGGACGACGAGGAGCGAAUGACUGAUUUUAUUGAAAAACAAAUCAAAAAGGCAAAGUCUAAGGACGAUGGCGACGACAGUGGGCAGGAAAAGUAUACCGAGCUUGUACGGGAAGAGGCCGAGCCGCUUAAAUUGGACAUCCGAUUAGAGAAAAAGUUCCAGCCCGAAUCUAUCUUGGGCAAAUCGGCGCUAUUGGCAAAGCGACCAAACUCUGAGAUUGACGAAAAAGUCUUCAAGAAGCCCAGGUCGAUGUUGGUGGAAAAAGGCGGUUCCCAUUCCAAAUCAGCGCUGGAUGAGAUCAUCCAACAGGAGGAAGCGAAAAAAGAACGCGCCAACCGCAAGGAUUAUUGGCUGCACAAGAACAUUGUGGUGAAAUUCAUCUCAAAGUCCAUGGGCGACAAGUUUUUCAAGCAAAAAGCGGUUGUGCAGGAACUAGUCGAUAAAUAUCAGGCGAAAAUCAAAUUCCUUGAUACGGGCGAAAAGCUCAAAGUGGAUCAGGCGCACUUGGAGACUGUGAUACCAGCCAUGGGCAAAACAGUGUUGGUUGUUAAUGGCGCCUAUCGCGGCUCAGAGGCUCUGCUGAAAAAGCUUGACGAGCGUAAGUUUUCCGUAAGCAUUGAGAUACUCCACGGACCGCUCAAGGGACGAAUAGUCGAUAAUGUACAGUACGAAGAUAUAUCCAAAUUAUAUGACACAUAGCAUAAAAAAGUAGGAUUAUAUGUAAAUAAUUUUAUAAGAUUUAUAGGAAGGAUAUCGUGCCGUUUUUUAAAGAUUACAAGCUAAGAUUACAUUUAUGAAAAUAUACAUGCUCCACCGCACAAAGCAGAGAAUGAAA